AUGGGCUACCUUGGAUUCGGGGAAUUGGGCACAAUCUGCAAUUAUGCAAAGCUACUAUAUGAGGAAAGAGCUGGGACGAUGCGCAACAACCGCAGACUUUCGACAGCCAGCGAACCCACAAUGACCAAAUCAACUACGCGCAAACCUCAGACUUAUGGCAAGUUGCACAAACCGCCCACUGUACAGUCCCUGCAUGAGCGACCGCGAAAUAGGUUGCAAAAACGGAGACCUGCGUCUCUGAUGCAUGCAGUACCGCAAACAACCUACCUUUUUGUGCUGGAGUACGACCCGUAUCCACACAACAGCCAGCCUAGCACCUUUUUGGGCGUGUAUUCAAGCAUCGAUACCGUAACUGCCGACGCGUUUCGACAUGGCGCGUACUCAUUUUCAAAAGAAGGAUUACUGGACGGAAGCGAGUACCUAAGUCCGACCGGCCGCAUCAAGAUUGUAUCGCAUGCGGUGCAAUCGAUGGGUGUUUCGGCUGUGCUACCAGAGGACAACAGCAGCCCAAAGCAACCCGACAGGCCCAUGAGGCUGGAUAUCCCACAUCCACAAGCAUCGCGGUUCGACAGCCAGCAAGACAUCAGCGGAUCAACGACAAGCAACACGACAGUAUUCCUGGCACUUCAUGAAGGACCUAAAAGCGCGUUUUGUGUUGGCCUGUACACUACCAAGGCUUUGGCGUGGGGGGCUUGUUUGAAGGACAAAGCGUGGCUUGAGGUUUCAGAUGCAUUGGUUGAGGAAGAAAGGGAUGUUCUCGAGGGUGACAUGCCGCAGAUUUCUGCAAGGCUGGUGGGGAAUGGACGGCACAAGUGGUUUGUCAAGGCCUUUGAUGUCGAUGGAAAAGAAGGAUGA